AAAAAGAUCCAUUCCUUGAUUUCUGAAACAGUUCCUGGAACUCUGCAGUUCUUGAAAAGGUUCCUGGCUGCUGAAAAGAUCUGGUUUUCCUCAAAGUGUUUGUUGGUUUCUGAAAAGCUGUUCCCGAAAGAGUUCCUGAGCUCCGAGACACGGAGACGUUUGGGACGUUUUUCAGAGAUACAUGGACUUUUUUCAGGAGAGGAACUAGGAACCUUUUUGGAAAUGCCAGGUUUAUUUUAAGAACCCAAGAACAUCUUCAGCAAACCAGGAACUCUUUCAGGAAAGUUCUCAAGAAACUUAAUGGAAUUGAAUGUUUGUUUUAAUUCCAAAAAGGUUCUUUUUCACAUCCCAGGAUCCUUUGAGGACUCUUUUUCAACUUCUUCUCUAAAUCUGUCCUGAAUCCUGAACUGAACAGACCUCCUUCUCCUCCUCCUCCUGCUCUUCAGGAUCCCAUGACAUCUGCAGGAUUCUAGGAACAUCAACCAUCAGGAAUUCCUUCUCUGAGAAAUCAUUACGGAUUACGGAACUUUUACAGGAACCUAUUACAUUUGAAGGACCCUGAUAUCUUUUUUUUUCAGGAACUUUUCCUGACUCCGGAACUUUUUCAGACUGGAGGAUAGAGAAGGUUCCAUCAGGAAUUCCCCAGGAACCGAGCUGGACUCGGGGAGUCGAGGCAGGAUGGAUGUGAGCGGCGUGAUGUGAUGGGAUUAAUCUGACGCUCCUCUAGAUGUGGACUGCGGGGAGGUGAAGCGAUGGCGUCAGGUUGGAGGAACGAUGAGGACGAGGCGAGUUACAGCGUUCACACCCCGCCGUGUGAGGACACGUGUGAGCAGAAGGAGUGUCUGGUGUCCAUGUUCCAGUCGGAGGACGAGGUGUUCUCGUGGCCCGGGCUGAAGACCGUACGGUUACGGCGCACGGCGAUGGGCUUCGGCUUCACCCUGCGCCACUUCAUUGUGUACCCGCCCGAGUCCGCCGUACAUUCCACUUACAAGGAUGAGGACUCAGAUCAUCGAGGACGAGGGCGGAGCAGACUGGAGCCCAUGGACACCAUCUUUGUGAAGCAGGUUAAAGAGGGAGGUCCUGCAGACGGAGCCGGACUCUGCACAGGAGACCGGAUAGUCAAGGUCAAUGGAGAGAGCAUCAUCGGGAAAACCUACUCACAGGUCAUUGCAGUCAUCCAGAACAGUGAUACCUAUCUGGAGCUGAGCGUGAUGCCCAAGGAUGAAGACAUAUUACAGCUGCUUUCACAGGAGAUCACUCGUGUGGCGUAUUCGCAGGAUGCUUACCUUAAAGGUCAUGACUCCUACAGUGGAAACGCUCGCCACAUCCCAGAGCCACCUCCCAUAUGUUACUCUCGAGUAGACUGUAAACCCCUCGGGAUGGCCGAGGCGACGGAAAUCCCAGCCACAGGGGGGCUGCAGUCGGAUUUGGGAUACCGCAUGGAGAUUCCGGUUCCCCCUUCGCCGCCACCAAGGAUCCCGAAGACACAAACGGCGGUGUGUGUGUGCAACGAAAGUGUCCGUACGGUGGUGGUGCCGGCGGACGUCCACAUGGGUCACAUGGUUCCUACGGGUCCCGAUCCUAUGCUGAUGAGAACGAGGUCGUAUCUUCUCCCACGCAAACCUGACCUGUAUUCUCCAGGUUACCACGGAGACUCCUAUGCCAUUCCACCGCCUCGUUAUCAUCCGUCUUCUUCCUCCGUAUCUCCGGCUUCCCAUCAGAAUAUUGACUGGCGGACAUAUCAGACAUACAGGGAGUACAUCGACCACAAAGGCCUGCACGCGUACAGCCGGACGAUUCAGGAGCGCCUGGACAGUUUGCGUGCUGCUGCGGGCACUUCUCAAACCUCUACAAACUUUACGCAAAAAGCCACUUGGGGCAAUAAAAUCCGACGCAGGAGUACGUCGCACGAUCGGGCCUAUCAAGGACCUCCCAUGCUUCCGCCUCGCAGUGCCUCCCAGGACCGGAUGACGGGGGCAGAAAGAGUGUCUCGAGCGCAAGACUGGCCUCCUCGGAGUGUCUCCUCGGACGGGAUCAUGCGGAACACUCGUUUUCAUUCCACGGACUACAUCGAGCACAGUGAAAUGGCUCCUUGGCCUGUGGACCGGAGGGCUUACGGCAGGACAGAGCAAGCACCUCGUCCCAGUCGGCAGCCCGCUCCCCAGAGACCGGGGAUGUUUCAGCAUUCCUAUGGAAACAGUGUCCGUGGUCGUUCGGGGCCACAUCAGCUGAGCUGUAGAACGGACAUCCCGCCUCCUGCCGUUUCUGCCGAUAGAAUCUCGCGCAUCAGCAAAAGUCAGCCCAAGGAGGUGCAGGCAUGUAAAGACCAAAGACUUUUAAGUAAUCACGUUACGGUUUCGGCGGCUAGCCAGCAGUCCAGGACUCGGGCUGAGACCAUGCAAAGUCCAGAACCGGUCAAAGAAUCCUCGGUGAGUCAGAGGUCGACCUCCUGCUCUGUACCUACACCUCAGAGACAAACUCCGGGGGUAAGGAUCCACCCGCGGGAUCUCAAGGGAUUACCGGUGAACGGGUGCAGUCUAGCGGAAGGUGUGGUGAUGCGAGAAAAACCUCAAGGGGGGAAAGGUGCACCGCUACGCCAUCCAUCCUACAUUCAGGCGCAGGAGCAUCAAGACUCCCUGUUCGGCUCUGCUAACCUGAACGAGUCGCUCGACUCCAUCCCCUUCAUCGACGAGCCCGCGAGCCCGAGCGUGGAUCAGGACGGCAGUCAUAUCUCGGCAUUGGCGGUGAUCUCCACGGCUCAGGGCGCCGUGGCCGACUCUUCCGGCUCGGCCACGCCCAGCCCUCACAUGCGCAGACAGCUGUCUCACGACCAGGAAUCACUCAGAAGUGCUAUUCUGGAACAGAGUGGAACCAAAACGGAGCGCUCCAAAUCAUACGAUGAAGGUUUGGACACGUACAGGGAGGAGGGGCGGCGGCGUUCCAGUAAGCCCAGUCUGAAGGUGUUCAGGAAGGCUCUGGAUGGCCACAAGUCGUCGGACGAGUCCAGCUCCAGGAGAGACUCCAGCUCGGACAUCUUCACGGACUUCUUUAAGGAGGGCUGGCUGCAUUUUCGACAGCUCCACACGGAUAAGAACAAACGCGUGGGUGGAGGAAUGCGGGCGUGGAAGCAGAUGUACGCGGUGUUGCGUGGUCACUCCGUCUUCCUCUACAAGGACAGGAAGGAGGCUCAUGUGCACUCGCAGCUGGACGAAGAUCCGCAGCAGGUCAGCAUCAAAGCCUGCCUCAUCGACAUCUCCUACAGCGACACCAAGCGCAAGAACGUCUUCCGGCUCACCACGUCCGACUGCGAGUACCUGUUCCAGGCCGAGAGUCGCGACGACAUGCUGUCCUGGAUACGAGCCAUCCAGGACAACAGCAACCUGGAUGACGAGAACACCGGGGUGACGAGCACCGACCUCAUCAACAGGAAGAUCAAAGAGUACAUCUCCAUGAGUGCUCCUACGAGUAAGACAGAACCUUCACCCAAAGCUUUGCGACAGUCUCUGAGCAUCAAACACACACUGCUGGGGGUGACCGGGGUCAGGAGUCAGAGCACACACUCUCCCCGGGGUGAGCAGGACAGGAGCAGCAAAGAGGAGUGGAGUCCACCACGGGACAGAGCGGCCUGGAGGAGAGGAAUCCCAGGGCUGAAGAAGAAACCUCAGGAGAAGAAGCCCACGGCUGGAGUGACCUUCGGAGUCAGACUGGACAACUGUCCACCUGCUCACAACAACAGGUUUGUGCCUCUGAUAGUGGAGGUGUGCUGUAAGCUGGUGGAGGAGAGGGGGUUGGAGUACACCGGGAUCUACAGAGUUCCCGGGAACAACGCAGCCAUCUCCAGCAUGCAGGAGGAACUGGACACUAAGGGCAUGACCGACAUGGACCUAGACGAUGACAAAUGGAGGGAUCUAAAUGUCAUCUCCAGUUUGCUGAAAUCGUUCUUCAGGAAGCUCCCAGACCCUCUCUUCACUAACGAGAAGUAUUCAGAUUUUAUCGAGGCUAAUCGAACAGAGGACGGUGUGGAGCGCUUAAAGACACUGAAGAGACUGAUCCAUGAGCUUCCUGAGCAUCAUUAUGAAACCCUGAAGUUCUUGUCUGGUCAUCUGAAGACCGUCUCAGAGAACUGUGAGAAAAACAAGAUGGAGCCGCGUAACCUGGCCAUCGUGUUCGGCCCAACACUGGUCAGAACCUCAGAAGACAACAUGACACACAUGGUCACUCACAUGCCUGACCAGUACAAAAUCGUGGAGACGCUCAUUCAGCAGUAUGACUGGUUCUUCUCAGAAGAUGGAGAUGAGGAACCUGUAACGUCUGUGGAGCAGGAGAGCACGGUCCAGUCUCAGCCCGUCCCCAACAUCGAUCACCUGCUGACCAACAUCGGCCGCACCGCCCCCUCACCUGGAGACGUCUCAGAUUCAGCCACCAGUGACUCUGCCAAAUCAAAGCAGGGCUCCUGGGGCUCGGGUAAAGACCAGUACAGCAGAGAGCUGCUGCGCUCGUCCAUCUUCGCCAGCCGCAAGCGCAAAAAACCCAAAGACAAACCUCAGAUGAGCAGCUCGGAGGACGACCUGGACGCCAGCUUCUCCAAGAAAGAGCUUCCGGACGAGAGCGAGCCGGACCGUGAGCGGCGCGAGGAGGCGGAGAGCGUAGCGUGCGAUCGGCUAGAAAAGUCGGACCGGAGAUCGGAACAGAGCAGCGCCGACAAUCCGACAGAAUUUAAAUCCGACAUCCUGCCUCUGAAACCGCCGCAGUUCAAUAAAUCUGGCGAGUCUCCUAAAAAACACCGAGCGCCGAGAGAGCGGGAGAUGGUGCGUCAGAAUUCGCUCUCCGAUCCGCCGUCGGCUUCGUACGACGAGGGCUGCGUGUCGGAUUUGGGAACGCUGAACAGCACGAGUUCUCAGGCGUCCGGGCCCAGAAUCAGGCAGGGCAGGAUUCCGGGUCCCUGGAUGGAGAACGUAGGAGCCGAGGUCUGCUCCAUCACGUCCGAUUACUCCACCACGUCGUCCAUGACGUUCCUGACGGGGAUCGAGUCGACCGCGCUGAGUCCGUCUCACGACGCCGACGACGAGAGGAGCGAGCUCAUCAGUGAGGGCAGGAACAUCGAUUCCGACAGCGAGAGCAACUUAUCCGUGUUCGCGCUCACACAAGACGACAGAGAGUCCGAGGACGUUUUAUCUGUGCGAGAAGAAGGCGGAGUCACGCCCUUUCAGACUUCUCCCAGCCUGCUGGUGUCGCAGCGCAUCGUCGCGGGCGACACGUUAGCGCGGAAGAGAGGAAGCCGGCAAAAAAUGGACAGCGAGUCGUCGACGGACGGCGGGCGCAGCGAUAAAGAUUCCAGGAUUUCCAAAAUGCUGGACACGGUCAAGGGGAGACCCGGAAGCGGCGAAAACGAGCCCUUGUGGCGAAUCAAAAUCACCGAUCGCCUAAAGUGCCGACUCCGUGCCUCUGCCGACGACAUGUUUGGCGUGGGAUCUCAGCGCACCAGAUCCCCCGAGACACGCAGCAAACGCAAGACCAACAUACGCCGCCGCCACACCAUGGGCGGCCAGAGAGACUUCGCCGAGCUGUCCGUCAUCACCGGCGCCGAGCUCUCCGCUAUGGAUCGCUUAAAACCCAAAUGCAGCUCGCAGGACUUCUCCAUCGCCGACUGGAUCGUCAGAGAGCGGCACCGCACCAGCAACCCAGAGGUCAGCCUGGAAAACUCGGACCUGUUCUCCGCCGGGGCCUCGGGGUCCGGUUCGGGAAUGUCGAACGGGGAAGCGGCGGCGGCCGUGGCUCAGCUCAAAAGCUUCAGCUUAGCCUCCGACGCUCAUCCACACAAACUGUCCGGGGUGCAGGUGGUCCGCUCGCGGUUCUAUCAGUACCUCUGAUUGGGUUCUGAUACAGACUGAAGCCUGAGUGAGAGAGAGAGUAAAGGUACUUAAAUCCAUGAGUUAUUUUUUACACAGGAUGUUAAAAAAAAAAAGUGAAGAAGGAAGGUGAAGGUACUGACGCAGGUUUCUGACAGUCAGGAGGAGGUUCUUUUCCUCUCUCUUCCCUCUGACUCCCAGAAUCUGAUUUUAAUAAUUUUCUCUAAACAAAUGAAUUCGACUCGAGGUCUCGGGGUGAAGAGGACCGCCUCUCAGCGCCGGACCUGAAGAACCCCAGUGUUACUGCCCCCAUUAAUGAUUCCACUGGAAUGAAGCUGUGAGAGGGCCGGAUGAUGAUGAUGAUGAUGGUGAUGGUGAUGAUGAAGAUAAAGAAUGAGGGGAGGGAGGGGCUAUUUGUAUGUUCUCAGACAAAGUGGGCGUGAACGUAAUUUUUUUUUUUUUUUUUAAGGUUUCUAUGACGACUUGUUCCUGCAAGUGUAAGAAGGUCUCGACUCAACCAAAAUGAAGAAUGUAUCUAAUCUCUGAUCUGCUUGCUGUACCGCUUCAUCUGCGCCGUUUCUCUCGCUCUCUCUUUCUUUUUCUUUUUAUUUGUACAUAGCCCCUUAAUUUUAAUGUACUUGAAAUGAUUUUUUUUUUUCCUUUGAAAUUUUGCAUAGCGUGAUGGUGUUUUUUUUUUUUUUAAAUAUAUAUAUAAUUAAGGCCUCUCUCUCAUGUAGUCGUUUACACGUUCUGUUGUUCGACCAUCAACAACAAAAAGUAUAUUAUCCGUAUGUUCUCCGUACGGUGUGUGAUGUUUGGGCCUGAAGUGCUGGACCAGUGCUGGUACUGGGCGUUCAUUUCCCUUCAGCUCCAACAGAGGGCGCUGGAGUUUAUCUUUUAAUGUGAUUUCUACGCGCCGUUACGAACAGACGUUUCCCUGCGUCGAGAAACGAAGCGAAAGUCUGUUUACUCGUUAUUCAAGCGUAAAGCGGCAGCGGCUGAAAUGAAGCUGAGAAGGAAGCGGUGGAGGUCAGAGGUGUGUCUGGAGAGUGGGCGGAGCCGAUUCUAGUGUGGCUAGCUCGCUUUGCUAAUCUAAUCUGAGAACCAAGUGAGCAUGAAGCACGUAAUGCGCCUGUUUCAUUAGCAUGCGGCCGCUCACCAGGAAGAGAAGACAGGCCACGCCCACAAGAGACUAACGAACCUUAUUUUAGCUGAAUAUUUAACAACAAUUAAAAAUAAAAACUCGGGACGUUUUUUUGUUUUUCUUUUCCGGCUUCAGGGAAACGUUUUUAGAUUCUCGCGCAUUUUAAGAGACGAGAACCAAACCUACUGCGCGUCUCUGAGCAAGACAGGAAGUGAAGAGAGCCUUUUGUUCAUUUGCUCGCAUUCCACUUCCGUCUUAACACCUUUUCUUUCUUACUUUUUUUUUUUUUUUAAAGAAAUAGAAUAUUUGCAUUUCAGCCUUUUAGACGUUUGUGUAAAAUGAUGUAAAUGUGCGUACGUGUCACAACACGUCUCCCUCGUCACGUCACUCACUGCUGUAACAGUGACGGGGCGGGGCCAAGGGACCGGACUGGACCAUGUGCUUCAUCUCCAGGGGGGGAGUGAGUGAUUGUGUGUGUGUGUGUGUGUGUGUGUGAGAGAGAGAGAGCGGGGUCUUGUUUGUUUUUCUAUCAUGUCCUGUCCGCUACAAACGUGGACAAAUGAAACACUGGAGAGAAAAAAAAUAAAAACGUUUUAUGUCUGA